AUGGUACGUGAUCCUUCAUCGAAAAUUGAGCAUAUCAACAAAGAGCCUCAGGGCUCUGCGCCUACGAAGGACGAGGACGUAGAUGAAGAUGAGGCGGAUCAACGUGCCAAUGAUCGAAAACUAUCGGAGCUGCUAUCUACGACACUGUUUGCGCCUGGCGGCACCAGCACGGAAGGCAAGAAACGCAAACUUACGUCAACAACCAACGAGACACUCGCACGAAUUAUGGAGCUAUCCUCCGCCGAUACCAUCCAAGGGCCAUCGCUUGGUGUAGGUUGGGGCGAGAAGAAGCUCAAGGCGACUGAGCUUGGCAAGAUGCCUGCGCGCAUCCGUCAAGGUUUGCGUCGCGCGGCUGGAGAGCGACGUGAUCGUGAGAUCGAGACGCAAAAGGAGCUAGGUUUAUGGAACCCCAAGAUCCACAAGCAAACAGUCAUGACGCGUGGAUCAGAGACGGAGCGUGGCUCUCGUGCGACGCAGCCCAAACAGCGUCAGCGUGGUAUCGGCAGCGGUGUGGGCAAGUUCCGUGGGGGUGUAUUGCAUUUGAGCGAUAGCGAUAUCCGGCGGAUUCGCGGCUCUCAUCGCGGUGGCAGUCGAGGUGGUGGCAGCCGUCGCUAA